AGGCCGACCUGCAGUACCCCAGGCUCAGCUGGGUUCUGUUCCCAUGUUGCAUUUUCAAGGUCCGCUGAGUCCGAGCCCUGCCUGGGUCUGGCUGCUGCCCGCACGCUCUCUGUGCUGUGCUGAUGCAGAGAUGCUUGUUUUCCUGUGACGUCAGCGUCAGCUCCUCCACAUCCAUGCCGUGUUUUAGUUUGUGCCUCAGCUGCUGGCUACAGCUUCCCGGGGGAGCCGGGUACCACCCGGGCCUGGAGACAUGAGGAGGCAGGGAUGUGAGGGGCGGGGGACAGGACAGCCGGCCUUCCGUUAAAUAUCUGCUCCUCGCGCUCGAGCCUCCCUGCCUAUUGUCGGGCUGGAGGCGAGCCGACACAGCGCCAGCUCGUCAAAGGGAAGGAAGAUGCCUCCCUGCACGCCCGCCACGCACAGAGAAUAAAGAACCUGCGCUGAGGAGGCAGGAGAAGAAAGCCGAAUCCAUCUACCGCCGGGGAGCCAGAAGAUGGAGGAAGCUGUACCGUGCCAACGGCCAUCUCUUCCAAGCCAAGCGCUUUAACAGGAGAGCGUACUGCGGUCAGUGCAGCGAGAGGAUAUGGGGCCUCGCGAGGCAAGGCUACAGGUGCAUCAACUGCAAACUACUGGUCCAUAAGCGCUGCCACGGCCUCGUCCCGCUGACCUGCAGGAAGCAUAUGGAUUCUGUCAUGCCUUCCCAAGAGCCUCCAGUAGAUGACAAGAACGAGGACGCCGACCUUCCUUCCGAGGAGACAGAUGGAAUUGCUUACAUUUCCUCAUCCCGGAAACAUGACAGCAUUAAAGACGACUCUGAGGACCUUAAGCCAGUUAUUGAUGGGAUGGAUGGAAUCAAAAUCUCUCAGGGGCUCGGGCUGCAGGACUUCGACCUAAUCAGAGUCAUAGGGCGCGGGAGCUACGCCAAGGUUCUCCUGGUGCGGUUGAAGAAGAAUGACCAAAUUUACGCCAUGAAAGUGGUGAAGAAAGAGCUGGUGCACGACGACGAGGAUAUUGACUGGGUACAGACAGAGAAGCACGUGUUUGAGCAGGCAUCCAGCAACCCCUUCCUGGUCGGAUUACACUCCUGCUUCCAGACGACAAGUCGGCUGUUCCUGGUCAUUGAGUACGUCAACGGCGGGGACCUGAUGUUCCACAUGCAGAGGCAAAGGAAGCUCCCCGAGGAGCACGCCAGGUUCUACGCGGCCGAGAUCUGCAUCGCCCUCAACUUCCUACACGAGAGGGGGAUCAUCUACCGGGACCUGAAGCUGGACAACGUCCUCCUGGACGCGGACGGGCACAUCAAGCUCACAGACUACGGCAUGUGCAAGGAAGGCCUGGGCCCUGGCGACACAACAAGCACUUUCUGCGGAACCCCGAACUACAUCGCCCCCGAAAUCCUGCGGGGAGAGGAGUACGGGUUCAGCGUGGACUGGUGGGCACUGGGCGUCCUCAUGUUUGAGAUGAUGGCCGGGCGCUCGCCAUUCGACAUCAUCACUGACAACCCGGACAUGAACACAGAGGACUACCUUUUCCAAGUGAUCCUGGAGAAGCCCAUCCGGAUCCCCCGCUUCCUGUCCGUCAAAGCCUCCCAUGUUUUAAAAGGAUUUUUAAAUAAGGACCCCAAAGAGAGGCUCGGCUGCCGGCCACAGACUGGAUUUUCAGACAUCAAGUCCCACGCGUUCUUCCGCAGCAUAGACUGGGACCUGCUGGAGAAGAAGCAGGCGCUCCCUCCAUUCCAGCCACAGAUCACAGACGACUACGGUCUGGACAACUUUGACACACAGUUCACCAGCGAGCCCGUGCAGCUGACCCCAGACGAUGAGGAUGCCAUAAAGAGGAUCGACCAGUCGGAGUUCGAAGGCUUCGAGUACAUCAACCCAUUACUGCUGUCCACCGAGGAGUCGGUGUGAGGCCGCUGCGUCUCUGUCGUGGACAUGCGUGAUUGACCCUUUAACUGUAUCCUUAACCACCGCAUAUGCAUGCCAGGCUGGGCACGGCUCCGAGGGCAGCCAGGGACAGACGCUUGCGCUGAGACCGCGGAGGGAAGCGUCGGCAGGCACUGCUGGGAGCAGAACAGUCCCUCACACCUGGGCCCGGGCAGGCCAGCUUCGUGCUGGAGGAACUUGCUGCUGAGCCUGCAUCGCGGUGGCCGCGGGGACCCUGCUGUGGGGCUGUCACGCAGUUUCCAAGGUGCACAUUUUCCACGGAAACAGAACUCGAUGCACUGACCUGCCCCGCCAGGAAAGGGAGCGUGUAGCGUCCUGAGGAAUAAAAGUUCCGAUGAUGUGGAA